AUGGGACGUGGCUUUGGGAGGGGAUCGCGGGUUUCCAUUGUGACGCAUGCCCAGGCGAAAUCGGCUGGUAAGAAGACCCCACGAGGACUUCGCGGGUCACGUCAGAUAAAGCGUAAGCGUUUUCAACAAAAACACGACGAACAGAAUAAGCUAGAGGAAUCUUUGGGGAUGAAGGAGCGAAAAAGUGCUCAAGGUGAGAAACCAUUGGCACAGCAGGUGGCGAGCAUUCGGUUUCCAAACGUCGUCAAUAAGCGGCAGAGGGGCUUCAAGCAGCUGCGGAGGCAGAUUAUGGAAGGUGUGCGGGAUCUGCGACGCAGGCACGCCGAGAAGAAGAAGAGGCAGGUAAGGAAGAAUAUCGAGUAG